GGCCAUCGAGGUUUUGUCGUCUGAUCGGACGAGGAGGCUUUCGGGACGGAAAUCGGUCAAAAGGCCACUUUAGAUUCGGUUCACAAGUUUGCGCCUGGAGCCGCGAGAUUCCAUCGGCAUCUGUUUCGUUCAAAGCCUGGUCCUGCCAGACGGACGAGGGGAGGACCCAGAGGAGCGCCGAGAGUCUGCGCCUUCUUCUACUUCUUCUUGUUGUUGCUGCUGCUGCUGCUGCUUUUGCUGCUGUCGUGCGUCCGGAGAUCGUCGCCGCGAAGGUUCUGAUCGAGGAAGCAGGUUUGCUUUCGAGCGAGCGACCAUGGCCGCGACCGCUGCAGCAAUCGGAGGACAAGUGGCUUCAUGCUCGGUGGUAGCUCUUGGAUCUCGACCUGCCGCGGCCGUGAGCAGAGCCGAUGGGUUUAGCAUGCGCAGGUCUGCCCUCGGUGGCCUCGGAUCGCCUUUAAGGUUGCAAACCAGCCGGGCCGCUUCCGAGUCGAAGAGAGUUCUCCUCGUGAGUGCCAAGACCAAAACCGAGGUUGAGGUGGAAGAGGUUCAGUCAGAGGUCGCUGAUGCCGCCAACGACCUUCUCAAGUCCGUGCAGGAAUCCUGGGAGAAGACCGAUGAUAAGCUCGCCAUCAGCAGUUUGGGAUUCGCCGCAUUUGUAACAUUGUGGGGAUCCUUCGGACUCGUUGGCGCCAUCGACAAGCUUCCCUUCCUUCCAGGCCUUUUUGAGCUUGUCGGAAUUCUAGUGACUGGGUGGUUUACCUACAGAUACCUUAUCUUCAAGCCUGACAGAGAGGAACUGCUCAAGAAGAUCGACGAGACUAAAUCCAAAAUCACCGGGCAGUAAAAUGUAAAGUAUUCUGCUCGUAGGUAGAGUUGUUCCGUAGUGUAUGAGUUCAGUGGCAACUUGGGGUACAGUUAGUUGCAGUACCCAUAUCAGACGACAUUGCCGGUGGCCAGUUUGAGGAAAUUGUCGGGAAGAGAUAAUAUGCUUUUGAGCUAUCUUGUACCAUUACUUCUGCUAGAUGAGUCGACUCCAGAUUCUACCUAGCUUCUUCUAGUUAGUUUCGGCGGGAGUCCAUCAGUUUUUACCAGCAUCGAGAUCUCUCAAUACAUUUUUUUCCAACAAUUCACGGUUAUUUCCAGCCUGAAAGUUGGGUAUGACAUUGAGAAUUCCAUGAGGGGACUUUCCUUCUUAAGAAGGCUUGUCGUUGUACAUUUUGAAAUUCAAUUUUCUUUCUUCACGGAGAAAA